AUGGAUUCAAAGAGCUUGAAGCCUGCAGUUAUUAUGGUGCUUUUGUGCUGGGUUUUCUCCCUCUUAACCCCAACACUAGCCCAUAAGUCAAGCUGGAAAAAUCCACUUAGAGUUGGCUUCUAUGGGUAUUCUUGUCCAUCAGCAGAGUCCAUUGUGAAAAAUGUUGUCUACAAAGCUGUUUCUCGUAAUCCAGGCUUGGCUGGUGGGCUUAUCAGGAUGCACUUCCAUGACUGCUUUGUUAGGGGCUGUGAUGCGUCUGUGCUAUUGGAUGGGCUAAACUCAGAGAAGGAAGCCAUACCAAACAAGAACAGCCUAAGAGGGUUCGAAGUGAUUGAUGCAGCCAAGGCUGCGGUGGAGGCCGCAUGCCCUGGAACAGUCUCCUGCGCCGACAUCGUAGCAUUCGCAGCCCGCGACAGCGCGCACAAGGUAGGCAACAUAUACUAUGAUGUCCCAUCAGGGAGACGCGACGGCCGCAUUUCAAACAAGGACGACGCUCUGGCAAAUCUCCCUUCUCCAUUUGUCGGCGCCAUGGAGAUUUUCAAGAGCUUUUCAAAGAAAGGAAUGUCCCUUGACGAAAUGGUGACUCUUUCCGGGGCCCACUCCAUCGGAAUCGCCCACUGCGCCACUUUUUUCAACCGCCUUUAUCCUAAGAACAAGGCGGAGAAUCUCCCCAUCGACCCUGAAUUCAAGAAGUUCUUGACGGCAAUUUGCCCGCCCGGGGCUCUUACCAACGGGACCGGAAUUGCUAACCCGGUGAACCUUGAUGUUCUGACGCCGAACCGAUUGGACAACAAAUUUUACGUGGACCUGAAGAACAAGAAAGGGGUGUUGAUAUCCGAUCAGACAUUGAUGAGCCACCCAAAAACUGCUAAAAUGGUGAACUUUAAUGCUAGGUAUGGGUCGGUGUGGGCUAAGAAGUUUGCGGCGGCUAUGGUGCAUAUGGGUUACCUGGAUGUGAUCACGGGGACGAAGGGUGAGAUCAGGAGGAACUGCCACGUCGUCAACUGAAUACAUCUCGGGCGUUUUAUUGAUUUUUUGGCCUCCUAGUUUGAUGAUGAGAUCGAGUUUGGCUGUGCUUUAAUUUUGCUGAUUUGAUUUGAUUUAAUUUGUUGGUUUUCUUGAUUCAAUUCUUGGGUGGAUGGCUGACUAUUUUCUGAAGAGAUGUAGUCAACAAUGUAAUUGCUUGUGUAAUAGUCCUUGUAUUUUUCAUGAUUAAUUUAAUGAAUGUAUUCUUACAAUGUUUGAAAA